AUACAAUAAUUUAUAAGAAAACACGGUACAAUUUUUCUUCUCUAUGGCGAAUGGCUGUUAUCUGUGAAUUUUUAUUUCGUUCACUCAACGUCAAAACUUCCUUAACCUCUUCUCGAGACUACAUUAAUUGUGAGUUCUCGCAAGUCGUCAAAAUGUCGGCUCACAAGACAUUUAUAAUCAAGAGAAAAUUGGCCAAAAAGCUAAAGCAAAAUAGGCCUAUUCCACAAUGGGUUCGCAUGAGGACAGGAAAUACCAUUAGGUACAACGCUAAGAGGCGUCACUGGCGUAGAACUAAGCUCAAGUUGUAAUCUGUUACAUAUGUAAUUUUAUUACAUUAAAAGUUUGCUUGUAAUCA